AUGGACAGCGGAAUGGACCCCAAGAGCAUCACAGUCAACACCAAACAACUACAUGAGGUGAUGGCUCCUAUUAAGCAGCCCACCACUUUCCUUGACCUGCCAUUCAUAGCGCGACAGUCAAUCUACCGUUACCUUCUUCCCGCUGCGGCAAACACAUCCUACACUGUGUGCUAUGCAUAUGACCAUAGUUGGGAUAAACGCAUGCAGUGGCGAUACGGUUUCUAUAGUCCUCCGCCCUACAGCACAUGUCCAGUCUAUUGCAACAAACAAUGCCCAGCCAUCCUUCUGGUCAGCCGUGCAAUCCACAAUGAAUGUCGCCAAGUUCUCUACAACAUCACUCAAUUCAGUUUCUGUUCUGCUCACUGUCUGCGACUUUUUUCUCAAGGUCUCAAUAAGGAACAUGUUGCGGUGGUCAACAAACUCUCCUGCAAUUCUGAAGAUCUCGAAUGGUUGGACGAGCCGCGCUAUUUCACUUUUGUACGUGGGACCAUAGUAGAUAUCAAAGACAUCAUUUGCGACACCUAUGGCGGCAUGAAAUGGGAGCCAAGAGUUGCUGCAUCGAAAGAUAAGUCACAGCGAGGCAUGACCUUCACUGUGUCAUACUCAAAGUGUGCCGAAGCAGGCGCAAUGACGCCUGUGUCCAUACAGUUUGAAGAUCCCAGGAUUGUCCAUGGUGGCGUCGAACUCGGAACUAUGCCUGACACCGAAGACUUCGAACAGCAAUGGGACAUCGUUUGCCGCUGGUUGGAAGUUGAUCUCGACACAGGAGAAGGCUUCGACCAGGAAUGGGAGGGCUUUCGCCGGUUGGCGAAAGCUGUUCUCGGAGUUGACGUCGGAGAAGACACUCCCAGGCACUUUUGGGAGGGCCGAAUCAGUCGCUAUCAGGAUUUCCGAAGCAUGCUUCGUGAAGAGUAUGGUAUUCGUCCAAACUGCACUAUUGGGGAGGGUCUGGCGGAGUUAGGAUUCACAUACGCCCCACUCUUGAAGCUGUUGGACUUGGACUAUGGUUACAGCAAGCAAGAUCUGGUUGAAGCUGGACGACCAACGGAGUCGUAUCUAAGCACCGGUCCUUUGCAUCAUGCAGUUCAGGAUACCAACCCAGAUGGCUCUUGA